AUAUUCUUCUACACACAUUCCAUCUUCUUCAAAACCCUCUUAACACACCACCACCACCACCACCACCACGCGCCUCCACAACAAUGGCGACGUCGAUCAGCCAGUUCAUUCACAACCACCCCAACAACAACAACACCCACACCGUCUACCGCCUCACACUCUUCAACCACACCAUCGAAACCCUAGUCACCGACACACCAUCCUACGUCGACACAUGGAUCUCCACCAUCCACCACACCCACCGCCACCAUCUCCACUCCCUCAUCAUCGGCCUCGACGUCGAGUGGCGUCCCAACCAAACCCCAAACCACCAAAACCCCAUCGCCACCCUCCAACUAUGCGUCGGAAACCACUGCCUCAUUUUUCAAAUCCUAAACUCCCCAUCCAUCCCACAAUCUCUCAUUAACUUCCUUGGUAACCCUUCCUACACGUUUGUUGGGGUAGGCAUUGAAAAUGAUGUGGAGAAACUUGGUUUGGUGGUUGCGAAGAGGGUGGAUUUGAGGAGUGUGGCUGCGUAUGCGUACGGUGGGAUGGAGUUUAAGAAUGCUGGGUUGAAGCAACUGGCGAGUAUGGUUUUAGGGUGGGAGAUAAACAAACCGAAAGAUGUUACGAUGAGUGGUUGGGAUAAUAAGUGUCUUACUCCGGUUCAGGUGCAGUAUGCGGCUAUUGAUGCGUUUGUGAGUUUUGAGAUUGGGAGGGUUUUGAUUUCUGGGAAUCGUUACUGAUGAUUGGAGGUUACUGUUUGUUUGUGGUAAGAAAGAAGAUUAGGGUUUUUACCUUUUAGUGUGUUUAAUAUUUGAUUUGAGUGUUUGGUGUGUUAAAACUUAAAUAUGUGUUUGUUUCCGGAUGUUUUUUAUUUGAAUUUGGUAGCAAACCUUUAUGAACUAAUUCCACUUUGAAUA